AUGAGUGAUUUAGUGCCACAAGGAUCGAUAUUGAAUCUUGAUCCUCAAAGAGGUCUUAUACUUAAUGAUCCUCAAGGGAAUGCCCUUUGGAGAACUGAUAUAGUUUUUGGUAAUGUUGAUUAUGGAUUCAUGAAUGAUACUGGAAACUUUGUUGUAAUGGGAAGUGAUUCUAGUGGUCCAUUGUGGGAAAGUUUUGGAAAUCCAACUGAUACUUUGUUGCCAAAUCAAAUAUUGGAAAGAGGAAGCUUCCUUGUUUCUCAAAAGUCAGAAGCUAAUUUCACUCAAGGUAGGUUUUAUCUUCGGAUGCUUGAUAAUGGGAAUUUGGUGCUUGUUACACAGAGUGUGCCUUCCAAUAUGGAUUAUGAUGAUGAGUACUAUAACAGUCAAACUUUCGACUCAACUAAUGCAACGAAUUCUGGGGACAAGUUGGUUUUUGAAGAGAAUGGCGUGAUGAACGUAUUGAAGAGAAACAAUCAAAGGAUUUCGGAUAGCAGUGGCUGGAAUGUUUUGUGGUCUCAACCGAACAAUAUAUGCAUCGAAAUUGAUGGAGAGAAAGGAACUGGUGCUUGUGGUUACAACAAUGUAUGCAAUCUUGGUACAAACAAUAGACCAGUUUGUAAUUGUCCACAAGGAUACUCACUGGUUGAUCCGAACGAUGCUUAUGGCGACUGCAAACCAGAUUUUUCUAUAAGUUGUGAUGAAGUUGGGAGGGGUUCACCUGAUGAUUUUUACAGUUUUAUCAUGAUUCGUGAUACUGAUUGGCCGAAAUCUGACUUUCAGCUAAUUAGCCCUUCAACUGAACAAGACUGCCAAAAUGCUUGUCUGAAUGAUUGUUUUUGUGCUGUUGCCAUUUAUAGAAGCAAUAGUUGCUGGAAAAAGAAGCUGCCGCUGUCGAAUGGGAGAAUAGACACUAAUCUGAAUUCGAAAGCUUUUAUGAAAAUAAGGAAAGAUGGUGUUCCUGGCCUUCCAAUCCCGGGAUCUCAUCAAAAAAAUAGUUGGCGAAUAUGGGCAAUUUUCGCGUCUUCACUCUUAGGAAGCUCCGUGUUGGUAAAUGUUCUGCUCAUUGGCGUAUUCUGUUGGGGAUUCUUCCACAUUUAUAAAAAGAUAGUGAACGUACUUCGCCCUACAAGUCAUGUGACGGACUCUUUCUGUCAUAGUUUUACGUAUAAAGAACUUGUAGAAGCCACAGACGAGUUCAAGGAAGAGCUAGGCAGGGGUGCCUACGGGAUUGUUUAUAAAGGGGUGAUGUCUGGCGGUUCAAGAAGCGUAGUCGCUAUAAAGAAGCUGGACAGAGUUGCUCAUGAGGCAGAGAAAGACUUCAUGACUGAAGUAAAUGUGAUUAGUCAGACUCAUCACAAGAAUUUGGUCCGUCUGAUUGGAUAUUGUAACGAGGGACCUCAUCGUUUGUUGGUCUACGAGUAUAUGAGUAAUGGAACUCUUGCAAGUUUCAUAUUUAGUGAUCCGAGACCUACUUGGAGUCAGAGGACAAAUAUCGCGAUGGGCAUUGCAAGGGGACUUGCAUACCUCCACGAGGAGUGCAGUACGCAGAUUAUCCAUUGUGACAUAAAACCUCAAAACAUUCUCCUUGAUGACUACCACGUUGCUCGAAUAUCAGAUUUUGGAUUGUCUAAACUGCUGAAGAUCAACCAGAGUCGAACGGAUACUAACAUUAGAGGUACAAGAGGCUACGUUGCUCCAGAAUGGUUUAGGACUAGUCGAGUCACGGUUAAGGUAGAUGUUUACAGCUUUGGUGUACUGCUACUAGAGAUCAUCACUUGCCGGAAAUGUUUGGAGAAUGAGGAAAACUAUGGAACGGAGGCAAUUCUUACGUAUUGGGUUCUGGACUGCUUUCAAGAAGGAAAGUUAGAAACUUUGGUGCAAAGUGAUAUCGAGGGCUUGAAUGACAAGAAGCAGCUCGAGAGGUUCGUGAUGGUUGGUAUUUGGUGCAUUCAGGAGGAUCCAUCGACGAGGCCUACUAUGAGGAAGGUUUGUCAAAUGCUUGAAGGAUCUGUUGGAGUGACUACUCCACCAUGUCCAUAUAAUUUUAGCAAUACUAUUUAA